AUGUCAGGCCCUCUCCAGUUUUUAAACCACUCAGAUCAAGGAAGGCUUGCUACCGGCCAAAGCAAAGGGCUCCAUGAGGCUAAGUCAUCAAAAGUCAAGCAUCUAUCAGUUCACACAUCUCAGAAAAAUAGCCCAGUGGCUUGUUUUGAUCCACCUGUUGUGGUUCCCACCAAGAACCCAAUGAUGUACAACAAAAGGGCAGCUGACCCAGUCCAUCCUGACCUUACUGGUUUGUUGGUGAGAAACAAGAACCUUUUAGCAGAGCUAAGAAAUCUUCAAAACAAGCUCCUCAUAAAAGAAACUUCAUUGCAAGAAAUGGAGAAUGAGCUAGAAAGUUACAAAGAAAAUAAUGUGCAACAGUCUUUCCAGAUAAUGUCCCUGAAAGAUGAUAUCAAGGAUCUAGAGGAACUUAUUGCUUCUCUAACCAGAAUUAAAUCUUUGAAAAACACCAAUAUUCAGAAUCUUGAAAGAGGCAACUGGGAUCUAACUGAAAGAAUUAUAGAACUAGAAAACCGUCUAAGAGUACAUCUGUUUGAAAGAGAAAAGGCAGAACGAAAAGCAGGCCUUUUGGAGAAAAAGUUAGCAGGUACUGAUGGAUUCACCCCUUAUAUGAAUAUGAAGGAUAAAGGUAAAGCUAUCCUGACCAAGAACUUUGAAAGACACAUUUUUCACUCUGAAGGACCAAAAGAUGGGCAGAAAAUUUGGAAUGAGUGUCAAGAAGAUUCAACCCAUGAGGAAAAACAGACAUUGGACAGACCUCCACAUUCAUUCGGCUGGGAAACCAAAACUGCACGAUCCCACUAUCAGAAAUUCCUCAGUCAGUUGGCUACUCUCCUGAGCAGCAAUGUUGUCCCCAUACCAGCCACCAAGCAAGCUGUGAAAGAGAGGAUUCAGGAAAUUGGUGCAAAAGAGAGAUCUUGGAAGUUUAGGACUGAAGGCCUGCAGCGGGAAAUUCUGACGCUCACUCAGCGCCUACAGCAGCUGCCGCGUCACUCUGAAGAAGCCGCUAGAGAAUCGUCCCAGAUGCAAGACAGGUGUAGGGAACAAAAAAGAGCCUUGAAACGUCUGGAAGGAAAAAUUGCUGUAAAUGACUUCAUUCAAGAGAGUUUAGACUUGGACAGGAAUAAAGAGAACUCUGGGAAUAAGAAUUCGUGGACAGACGAGCAUGGCAAGAUGUCCAGACAGCUAGAGAAAGACAACGGGAAACAAACGUUAUUGAAUAUUCAGCAAAAUUUACAGAUUGCUACAACUCAGAGACUAGAGGAGAAAAUUCAGAAACUUCAGAAACAGCUCAGUGAUUUGAAAUUGUCAAAUAAAAGUAUGAAAAUUCAACUUACAAGAGUAAAUGUCCUUAAGAACAAAACAAUUGAAAAGCUCAGGCAAUCUUUAACACAAGUUGAAGCAAUGAAAGGGAAGGCAGUUAUGAAAACAGACAACUUGAAAACUACAUUGGACUCUGCCAAGGAAGAGGCAAGAGGGGACAAAGAGAAUGUCCAUCAGCUGUUAGACACUGUCACUCCUGAGUUCUGCACAGCAAAAGAUAAAGUUCCAGGACAAAAACACGAGCUUUCUGACUUUCGAGAAAUUAUUAUGAAGAUGUUGGGAUUUAACAUGAGAACAGCUGACAAGGAAAUCAUCAAUCACCUAAGGCUUAUUAUACAAGAUUAUGAAGCAUCUAACAAAUCAAAGAUUGCAUCUGAUUGUGAGACUGGACAGGAUAAUAAAUAA